AUGAACGGAAAGUCGUCGCGGAGCCAGAGUCACGUGCGGAGCGACGCGAGAGCGACGGCGGGAGCGACGCGCCUGCGGCGGAGUGUUCUGCGGUCGGUGGUCAGCAGCCGGAGUCGAUCACGGCGGCCAAGGGUCGAAUAUUCGGAACAGGAGGUGCGCAACCUGCUGCGGGGCGUGCAGAAGUAUGGCAGGGAUUUCAAGGCGAUCCGGCUGGUGUACGAGUUCCACCCGAGCCGGACGCCGGUGGACCUGUACGACAAGUUCCGACACAUGCGACCGCGGCUGCCACCGGCCGAUGGCGCUGACCCCGAGCCGGGGUCAGCCUGGCGUCGCCUGGCCCCCGGCGGCGACGCGCCCCUGGCUGAUGUGGACUGAUCAGGGAGUCGUGGCGUGACAGGAAUGAGAGUGUUG